AGCUAAUCGGUAAUUUCAAGCUUUAAUUUCUUUAAACAAAAAUUAAAAAGCCUUACAAAGAAUAAAAAACUUUUCUGGAUUCAUUGAAAUUGAGAUUGUCAUGAAGCUCUUCUGUUUGCUGUUCUUUAGCUUAAGUAAAAUAAUUAUAACCAAAGGUACACCAAAUCCUAAAUGUCCCUCAGAAAAAAUUUGUGGUAAUGUAAGCGAAUUAAUGGAAGUUUGUAUUUUGGAUGAGACUGAAAAUUGCAUAAGAAAAUAUAAGUCAAGUUGUCACAUGGCGAUCGCCGGCUGUCUUAAUCGUAAUUUACAAUUCACCGACUACAGCAACGAGUAUUGCGGCAUGGAAGGUUGGUUGUGCGAAGAGCCACCCUACGAACGCUGGACGCUCUUCUUUGGCCAAGAGGCCAUUGGCCUCCUCCUCCAUCACCAAUCGGCAGAGAGCUCCAGUCCGGCCCCAUGUGCAUAUAUAAAAAGUGGACCCAUCCGAAUUUCGGUUGUCAGUUUAUGUCCAUCGAACGAAUCAAUUCCAGGCACAGCCAUGAGCAGUGGGUCGCUUAAGUUCUAUCUGAUAUGUCUGCUCGUGAUCUGCGCGAUCGGUUGGAGUGCCGGAAUGGUGCGUUCGGAACUUUCGCGGCAGGAACUGGAGGAGCGGUAUCAACAAACACCGCCGGUGCCCGAUGAACGAGAUGCCGAUGCCGAAAUGGAUAGUGCCUACGAUCGGCUUUCACCCAGACCCCAAAGUCCGCACUCAAAAGGCUAGUCCCAAGUCAACUGCAAUCGAUUUGUGUUCCAUUCACAGUGCCACUUUUUAUGUCGCAUUCAGGGUUAUGGCUAUGUAGUUCUAAGCUUAGGCGAAUUGUACAAGCGUAAAAUAAAGCAAUUACUUUGGUGAAACGUG